AUGACUUGGGCACAUGAUCAGGAGGUGCCCUUGCCAGAAGCUUGGCCACAAAGGACAGGGGGCCGGAAGGAGGACCUGGCUCGUUGGAAAAGUCGUAGAAGAAGUGCUUCUCAGGAUUUAAUCAAGAAAGAGGAAGAAAGGAAAAAAAUGGAGAAGUUAUUGGCUGGAGAGGAUGGGACAAGUGAUCGCAGGAAAAGCAUCAAAACCUACAGAGAAAUUGUUCAAGAAAAAGAGCGGCGCGAGAGAGAGUUGCACGAGGCGUAUAAGAACGCGAAGUCCCAGGAAGAGGCAGAGGGGAUUCUUCAGCAGUACAUCGAGAGGUUCACCAUCAGCGAGGCUGUUCUCGAACGCUUGGAGAUGCCAAAAAUUCUGGAAAGAAGCCAUUCAACAGAGCCAAACUCAUCCUCCUUCCCGAACGACCCCAACCCCAUGAGAUACCUGCGGCAACAGUCACUGCCUCCACCCAAGUUCACUGCCACUGUGGAAACCACUGUUGCAUGUGCCAGUGUUCCGGAUGCCAGCGUGUCAGCAGACAGUGGGUCUCCAAGCAAAACUGUCACUCCCAAAGCAGUGCCUAUGCUGACGCCCAAGCCUUACUCCCAGCCCAAAAACUCUCAAGAGGUUCUGAAGACAUUUAAGGCAGAUGGGAAAGUCAGCAUGAAUGGAGAGACAAUUCAUGGAGACACAGAGGAGAAGCAAGGAGAGUGUCCGACAGUUGCACCUGCCCCCUCCUUAACCAAAUCCCAGAUGUUUGAAGGCAUGGCCAGAGUGCAUGGGUCCCCAGUGGAGUUGAAACAAGACAACAAUGGCAUUGAGAUCAACAUAAAGAAGCCAAAUUCUGUUCCCCAAGAACUGACAGCAACCACUGAAGAAACUGAACCGAACAGUCAAGAAGAUGAGAAUGAUGGUCUGCGGGAGUUAGAAAAGAGGCCAGAAGCAAAGAGAAGAGGACCCUUCUGUGACAAGCCCAGGGUAAUGCCCUUGGUAAAAAUGGGCAGAAUCAGUGGCCGAUUAGCACAAGACAUCUAA